AUGGUGGUGAAAAUGAAACAGAUCAUGCGGUGGCCGCCGUGGCCUCCGCUCUUCGCCGUCAAAUUCGACGUGGUCGUCGUCGUCCACAAACUCGAGGGUCUGGAUUCUGUCGGCGAUUGCGAUAGUACUACCGUUGGUGAUCAGAGUCUGAGGAGAGGCACGACGAGGAAGAAACCGGUCGUUGAGAUCAAAUGGAAAGGACCCAAAACCGUUACUCUCAAACGCUCCGUCGUACGGAAUUUCACCGAGGAAGGCGGAUUUCGCGGCGACGGCGUCGUCGAGUGGAACGAAGAGUUUAAGAGGGUUUGCGAAUUCUCUGUUUACAAAGAAGGAGAGUUUCUUCCAUGGCUCGUUUCUUUCACCGUCUUUAAUGGACUGAAUCAAGGAUCGAAGGAGAAAGUUCGUAGCUUUGGAAAGGCAUCACUGAACAUUGCAGAGUACUUUUCAUUGAUGAAAGAAGAUGAUGUUCAAGUCAAAGUGCCGCUGAAGAUCCGUGGCUCUUCAUCAUCAUCAUCAUCUGCACGGAGUCCAUGUCUUCAUAUAUCUCUUCAGUUCUCCCCAAAAGAAUCAUUGCCUGAAAGACAGAGAUCUGCUCUUCCUGUUCUGUGGUCUCCUCUUUCCGCAGAGGCCGAGAAAGCCGAGUCUGUUGUAAAAGUAGGCCUGCGAAAGAUGAAAACUUUCAACCAUUGCAUGUCAAACCGCCAGUCAUCGGAAAAGGAGACUAGUAAGAAAGAGGGAAGCAGCGGAAGCGGAAGUGAAAGCAAAAGCCCUGAGAGAAGUCUUGACUCCGAGUCUUCUUAUCCUUGUGAUACAGAUUCUCUGGAUGAAGGCGGCGAUGCUGAUGCUGCGGAUGAAUCAGAAGAGAACAAGGAGAAUGCAAGCGGCGUGGCUGAUCCUGUUAACUACAAAACACUCCGGCACGCGAAUUGGGCUAGAGGCUCUUUUCAUGCUGACACAAACCCUGAGGAUGAUGAUUUGAUAUACUACAGCCAUCGCAGUCCAUUAGCAGAGACCGGGGAUUGCUGUGAUGAGGUUUCAAAUAGUGCAGUGAGCUCGGAGCAGGCGAAGAAGAGAAUGUUGUCUUGGAAGAAGAGAAGACUCAGUUUUAGAUCUGCUAAACAGAAAGGCGAACCUCUUCUUAAGAAGGACUGUCUUGAAGAAGGUGGUGAUGAUAUCGAUUUUGACCGUAGACAACUAAGUUCAUCCGAUGAGUCUACCUCUGAUUGGUACAGGUCUGAUGAUUCAACCAUGAAACCAUUAUCUGAGUUUGGAGACGAUGACUUUGUUGUUGGUAGUUGGGAGAACAGAGAGAUUAUAAGCCGUGAUGGGCUGAUGAAACUCACGGCUCGAGUGUUUCUCGCUUCGAUCGAUCAAAGAAGCGAGAGAGCUGCUGGAGAAAGCGCCUGCACAGCCUUAGUAGCGGUGAUGGCGCAUUGGUUAGGAUCCAACAGAGACAUAAUCCCAACAAG